AUGGCGGACACGACCGAGACAUCUGAGGAGGGUUCUCACUCCCCAGCGGCAACACUCCAAUCGGAUUUCCCGCGCCUCUCGAAAGAAUUCGAGCCGAUCAGCUCUGCGCCGAAAGCCAGCAGCGACGCGACCCGCGAGCAGCAAAAGGCGAAGCCGAGAUCAUCACUGUCUUCAAUCAGCCGGACGCGAUCGAACAAUGGUUACGGGUGUGACGAAGCAGAUGAGGAUACCGUUGGGGAAAUCGCUCUCGAAGAUGCCGUUGCUGCGGGCAGAGACCCUUUCGAAGUGCACUGGGAGGGAGGGGAAAGGGACCCGAUGAAUCCAAAAAGUCGCUCAUUGUUCAGGAAGUGGAUUAUCGUUAUAAUUGUCAGCGCGAGCUCGCUAUGCGUAACCUGUACAUCCUCGAUAUAUACAUCGACCUACACGCAAGUUUUAGCCAGGUUCGACUGCUCGCGCGAGGUUGCAACUUUAGGACUGUCUCUCUUCAUUAUGGGACUUGGUUUAGGUCCGAUGUUUCUAGGGCCUUUAUCUGAGUUUUAUGGUCGCCGGCCAAUAUAUCUCGUCUCUUUCACUUUCUUCCUGAUAUGGCUUAUCCCAUCCGCGGUAGCUAGGAAUAUCGCAACACUGUUAGUUAGUCGAUUCUUGGCUGGGCUCUCAGGCAGCGCCUUCUUGUCGGUUGCUGGAGGCACUGUUGGGGAUCUGUUCAACCGAGAUCAACUCCAGCUUCCCAUGCUGAUAUAUACAGCGUCCCCGUUCCUGGGACCCUCUGUUGGGCCAAUUAUCGGAGGAUUUAUCAAUCAGUACACAAAUUGGCGUUGGACCUUUUACGUACUCUUGAUGUGGGCAGGUGUGACCUUAACUCUGAUAUUUUUCCUGGUUCCUGAGACAUAUCAUCCCGUUCUUCUGCGAGCCAAGGCUCGGAAACUCCGCAAAGAAACAGGCGAUGAACGAUGGAAAGCACCACUCGAGAAGAUGAAUAAAUCGAUACCUAGGACUAUUGCGUACUCCUUACUCCGCCCUGGCCAAUUGCUACUUUUCGAGCCAAUGUGUUUAAACCUUUGUCUCUUCUCGGCCAUCCUCUUAGGUAUCAUCUAUCUAUUCUUCGGUGCUUUCCCUCUUGUAUUCGAGGGAAACCAUGGGUUUACGCUCUCUCAAACCGGUCUCUCGUUUUUGGGGAUAACAAUCGGCAUGAUUGCUGGCGCAGUAACCGAUCCAUUUUGGCACAGGAACUAUGUGCGACUCAUCAAGCAGCGAGAAAUAGCAACGGGGGAGAUUGGUGGCAGUGAGCCCGAGUACCGUCUCCCUCCUGCCAUCGCUGGCGCUAUUCUCGUUCCUAUAGGCCUCUUCUGGUUUGCUUGGACAACUUAUGCAUCAGUUCACUGGGUCGUCCCAAUCAUCGGCUCAGGAAUCUUUGGCAUGGGAACGCUCCUAGUCUUCAGUGGCAUAUUCACAUUCCUGGUAGAUGCGUAUCCGCUGUACGCUGCAUCUUCCCUAGCCGCCAAUAGCUUUGUGAGAAGCAGUUUCGGCGCGGGCUUUCCACUCUUUGGAAUACAGAUGUACCAUAAAUUGGGCGAUCAAUGGGCCUCGAGCCUUUUGGCAUUCUUAACGGUGGCUAUGAUGCCGUUUCCGUACAUAUUCUUCAAAUAUGGGAAGAGGAUUAGAGGGAAAAGUCGAUUUGCGACGUCGCAAUGA